UGUAUACAUAUAGUUAUGUAUGAUAAACAUUUUGAUAAAAUUUUAUAUUUUAUUAAUACUUAUCAAAAAUUAAUAAAUUGUCAUAUAGUUGAUUUUAUUACUGAAAAUUUAUGGAUGACAUGUUUACCAGAAACAUUAAGAUUAGAAUUAGAAAAGAGUGAAUUGAAUUGGAUUACUUGGGCAGAAAAUGACAAUUUUCCUAUGCUAAAUAAUUUUAUAAAGUUAGCAAAAUCUUUAUCUUUGCAGUCAUGUUCUAUAGAAAUAAAUUCAGAAGAUUUUGCAAACACUUUACCUUAUAUUAAUAAUUCAAAUAAAUGUAUAUAUAAAAAUAUUAAGAUAGAAUUUAUAAAUGCAAAGAAAUUACAUGAAGUUGUAUCCCUUGGAAACAUUAUUGGGGAAAUUGCAGCAAAAACAAAUAAUUUAGUAAUAGAUGCUGGUGCUGGCAAAGCAUAUUUAUCAACAUUUUUAGCAGAAAAUCAUAAAGUACCUGUACUUGCAAUAGAUUCUUCACAAUUAUGUAGCAAUGGAGCAAUCUGUAGGCAAAAAAAAUUACAAAAGAAGUUGAUGCUUUCUCCAAUGCUGAUACGUUAUGUAGUUGAAGAAAUAAAUGAUAAUACUGAUUAUAUAAAAAUGAUAAAACAAAAUUUUUGUGAUUGGAAUAUAAAUAAAAAUCUUAUAUUAACUGGUUUACAUACUUGUGGUUCUCUUACUGAUUCAAUUAUUAGAACAUUUUUAAAUACAAAAGAUAUUAAUAUUUUGUGUAUAGUGCCUUGUUGUUAUCAUUUGACAAAUGAAACAUUUAAUAAAAAGAUUAGUUUUUCUAAAAAUGCUAGGAUGUUAGCUCAACAAUCUGUUGAAAGAACUAUAAAGAAUGAAUUUGUAUCUUCAUCAUUAUUCUACAGAGCAAUUUUACAAGUGAUUUUUCAUUCCUUAGGUAUUUAUAAUGCUAAAGUAGGCCGUGGAGGACCUUUACAUGAUUUUCCAACUUAUGCUUUGUGGGCAUUCUCAAAAAUUGAAAUAGAUUUAGAAAAGAUACCAUCACGAGAAAAAUUAACGGAUAUAUUUCAACUUUAUGCACAUUUAAUGAAAAAGUUUAACAUAUUCCAAAUGUUGAGAAUACACAUUGGUCUUGUAUUAGAGGCAGCUAUCAUGUUGGAUAGAAUGAUAUUUUUACAAAAGAGCAAUCAAUGUUCUAAAUUUGCGAUAUUACGUUUAUUUGAUCCUAUGUUAUCUCCAAGACGUUAUGGUAUCAUUGCAGUAAAAUAAUAAUGAAAAAGAAGAUUUAAGAAUGAAGGAACAAACAAUGUCAAUAUAGGAAGAAUAAUUUUAAUAUACUUAUAAAAAAUUUUCAUAUACAAUAUGACAGAUUGAAGAUAAUCCAUAACAGACGAAUAUCCUUCUUCUUGUGCCAGAGGAGCUAAAAUUCCAGUAGGAGGUAAACCAUUUCUUGUUCUACAUAUACUGCAAUUACAUAAACCGCGACAAGGUGGACAAGCCCAAUUCUGUAAAUUUUUUGCAAUAAAAUAAUUAUUGAAAA